AGAUAUGAUUGAAGAGGAAGGUUUUCUCAAUGUUAAUAUGACUAAAAAAUCUAAAUUUGAAGAAGUGUCUUCUGGAAAUGAGGUGUCUCAAGAUGAUGAUAAUGAUGACAAUAUAACUCAA